UAUGAGGAUCGUCUGUAAAAUGUAUUGCCGAGUUGACCGAGUCGAACACGAGCUAUACGAGCCUCCAUGUUACAUCAUGUGACAAAUUCCCGCCGAUUCUUUUAGCAGCUCGUCGCCACCUCGUAGCAACCUCGUACCAAACUCGAACAGCUCGUAUCGCGAUCGUUGUGCUCGUAUGCUACUCUUAAUAGACUCCUAUUAGACUCCUAUUGGACUCCUAUUGGACCCCUAAUGGACUCCUUUUUGGUUCGUAACACACUCGUCGCGUACUCAUAUGUUUCUCGUAUAUAUGUAGUCUCUUCCCGAGUCCUAACCGAGUUAGGCUCGGGAGAGCUGGGCAACAACCUCGACAAAGUGUGAGAGCUUCUUCAGAUAACGCGUCCUAUAUUUAUCGCGACUCGGCGUCCAUAACUGGCACAGUUAACAAAAUCUUAGUGACAAUGCAGAUCAAAGGAAAGGUUGCCGUAGUUACCGGUGGUGCAGGCGUUCUUGGACAAGCAAUGGUUAGAGCUUUGUUGGAAAAAGAAGCCAAGGUGUGUGUCUUUGACAUCAACGCUGCGAGAGGUGCUGAGAUAGAGGCAUCACUACAGAGCCAGUUUGGAGGAGGUCAGGCAUCCUUCUCGCUGUGUGAUGUAACUGACGAAAAGGGUUUUAAAGAGGCCUUCGACGGAGUUGUGGCGCGUCAUGGACGGGUGGACAUCAUGGUCAAUAACGCAGGAAUCGUCAACGAGAGGAUGGACAUUGACAAAGGGCUUAUGGUCAACCUGGGUGGCACCAUUCGAGGUUCGAACCUCGCCAUCAAGCACAUGAGGAAGGACCAAGGUGGACAAGGUGGCGUUGUCAUUAACGUGUCAUCCAUAGCAGGUUUAGAGCCUUUUUACCGUGUUCCUUCGUACGCAGCAACAAAGCAUGGGGUAAUUGGAUUCACAAGAUCCUGGGCAACAAAUCCCCAUGUGAAGGAGCUGGGCCUGAGAUUCCACGUGGUAUGUCCUACUGCCUUUACAUCGUAUAUAAUUCCUGAACCGGAGUCGCAAUUAUUGUUUGCUGAAGAUUUCAUGAAAGUAUAUGAACAGUUUGGCUUCGAAGAUCCAAAGAACAUAGCUGUUGCUGUGAUUGGUCUGCUGGAGGAGGAUGACAGUAACGGCACCAUCCUACUCACGCAUGCCACUGAACUCAACCGCAGAGUUAAGAUAGAGGUGACUGACGCAACAACCUAAGGACGCUGGCCUCGAUGUCACUGACCAACCAGCCAGUGGGUUUGCCCACCUGAGACGUUCUAAGAUCGAUUCGCGUGACAUUCGGAAAAAAAAGUGUUCAUGUUUCCCGUUGUGUAUUUCCAACUAGGUAAUUAAAACUGAUGCUGAAUCA